AUCGCCUUUUUGAGCCAAGUGAGUGGCAGCCUCCCGGUCAAAUCGCAACGCUUGUUUUGGAAGCGCAAAGCCGAGUUCAGGGUUGGAGAAGGUCUUUACCUGAGGAACGCGUUCAAAGGCUUCCUUGGGUAUUUUUGUUUUCCGGCGGUGGUGCGUAAAUUUUAUUUUGCUUCCCGGCAGUAAAAAAGCGGCGGCAUCCUUGAGUGGGAAGAGAAAGAAAGCAGGAUGGAGGAAUAGGAGAAUGACAAUAGACACCCAGACCUGCUGAGCAGUGUUUCUAUAGCUUGGACAGCACAAUGUAGAGGUGGACUGUGGUGGACCCCCUCCCCACCAAGUCUCCUUUUUAAAGCACUGCUGUGGUUAACUGAGCAGGCCAGCAAGGUCAAGAGGGUAUGUGCAAAUGAGUCACGAUGGAAAGAAUGAACGGCCCUGGUCUGCAGCUCCUCCCAACAGCAGCUGGACCCCAACUGGUCCAUGAGGAUUCCUUCUCAUAUAAGGAAAACCUGAUCGGUGCAUUGCUGGCUAUUUUUGGGCAUCUCCUCAUCAGCAUUGCACUUAACCUCCAGAAGUACAGCCAUAUCCGGCUGGCGGGCAGUAAAGACCACCGAGUCUAUUUCAAGACCAAGACAUGGUGGUGUGGGUUGUUUCUGCUCUUUCUUGGAGAACUCGGGGUAUUCUCUGCCUACGCCUUUGCACCUCUUUCCCUGAUUGUGCCACUUGGAGCUGUGUCAGUCAUAGCAAGUGCAAUUAUAGGAAUCAUAUUCAUUAAGGAAAAAUGGAAGCCCAAAGAGUUCUUGAGACGCUAUGUUUUAUCUUUCAUAGGCUGCGGCUUGGCUGUUGUCGGGACAUACCUGCUGAUAACCUUUGGGCCUAACAGUCAUGAGACCAUGACGGGAGAGAACAUCACAAAGCAUUUAGUCAGCUGGCCUUUUCUCUUGUACACGCUGGUGGAAAUAAUCCUCUUUUGCCUACUGCUGUAUUUCUACAAGGAGAGGAAAGCACACUAUAUCGUUGUGAUUCUUCUGUUGGUAGCACUGCUAGGCUCCAUGACAGCCAUUACAGUGAAGGCGGUUGCAGGCAUGAUUGCAGUCUCAAUCCAAGGGAAUCUGCAGUUGGGUUAUCCUAUUUUCUACAUCAUGGUGGUUUGCAUGGUAGCAACAGCCACCUUCCAGGCAAUGUUUUUAACCCAAGCUUCACAGCUGUAUGAUGCACCCCAAAUCACUAGCGUAGGUUACGUUUUGUCCACCAUGGUAGCAAUUACUGCAGGUGCAAUAUUUUACUUGGACUUCAUUGGGGAGGAUGUCCUACAUAUAUGUAUGUUUGCCUUGGGGUGUCUCAUUGCAUGUUUAGGAGUCGUCUUGAUCACUAGAAACAAGAGGAAAUCUAUCCUUUUUGAACCUUACAUCUCUAUGGAUGCUAUGCCAGGCAUGCAAAACUUACAUGACAAUGGAACUGCGGUUCAACCUGACCUCAAAACUUCCUUUUCUUACGGAGCCCUGGAGAACAAUGAUGCCAUCUCUGAAAUCUAUGCUCCUGCUACAUUACCAAUAGUUCAAGAAGAGCAUAGUUCCAGAGGAGCACCUAUCCCUCCUUACCGGGUUACGGAGCACAGCAAAGGAGAGUAAAUGCUGUCAGAACUGAUGUAUGCCUGCAAAGCGUGUGUGUUUAAUUUAUCUUUUUUUUUUUUUUUGCUCUACUAGAAAAAACAAAAAUCAGCUGAACUGUUGUUUAAAUAAGUAUCAAAUGUUUAACUUCCAAGAAUAAGUUGUGUUAAUUAAGGUUUCCCUAUUGUCGUAAGCUCAAGCAUUUCUCUCUGAUCUAAACUGCAGUCCUCCUCUUGAGGGUGUGAGCUGCUACGUGGAACAAAAUACAAAAGGCAAUGUGGUGACUGUAUUCAUGAUGGUAAAACCGGGGACAAUAAUACUGAGUUUAGGUUGUAUGUUACCCUGAACAUACACAUGCUCAUACUAUGUGAACUAUAUUUUGUGUUCAUGUACCACCCUCCACUGGGCACAGCCUCUUCAAUAUGUAGCAGAUCUUCAUGUGUGAAUUAUUUUUGAUCCACUAGAAGAAAACCUGCAGGGCAGUGAGUCUUGAAGAUAUUAAAUAGGAUUUUUUUUUUUUACUGUUUCCCCUUCAACCCUGAUCUGGUCUCUUAGCAUCUAUGUUGCUAUAAAAGCCAACCAAAUAAUUUGCCUAACUUCUAAAAAAACACACAUCCAACAUGGAUUAGUUUAGUAGAUCCUACCAUCAUAAAACCCAGAUACUCAAAAACCACACAGAUUUUUCACAAUAUUUGUCAUUGUUUUAAUAUUUGCAACUAAACCAUCUGUGAUUUCUGUAUUGGCUGCACUACAAUACCCCUAAUAUUAGGAUUUCCCCCACACCAGCUUACUAAUUUCCAUUAGAGUAUUUUAUAUAUUUUAAUAUAUAUUUUUAGAUGUCUAUCAGCUUUCCAGCCCUCUAAAGCCCCUUAUGGCAGGUGGUUUGGAAUCCAAGCUUUUUGAUUUUUUAAAAGUUGCAGUUGCUUUCUGGAUUGUGAAUGUGGAGUCCUACAGGUCUGAGCCAAAGAAAAGCUGUUUAUGCUUAUGUCCCAUUGAAAUCAAUGGCUCAGGUAAAUGGCAAUCUUCAUCAGAUACAGGAGUUGCAAAACAGAUGGAGGGGCAAGCAUGCAUGUGUGCAAGCACCACUUCUAAUGAAUUUGCAAUAUGUUUUGGAAAGUUCAGUCAACUAGAAGUGCAUUGCUCUAGAACAGGAAUGCUCUGCAGAGAUCCUCUGGUAUUACUCUACCUGCCUUCUCCUUUGGGCUGGCUGUUCAUCACACAGGUGAAGAUAUAGGAUCCUAAAUUCUGCUCCCCCCCCCCCCCCCGUAAUAUAAAUGUAGAUGUCCACUGUAAAAGUGUCACGGACUCCCCUUUGGUUUGAUACCUUUCCUAAUGUCUGAGAUAUGAUCUUGCAAUGGGAAUUUAUCCAGUGGAUAAAUGGAGGCUGCUUCCAGUAUACGUAUUUAGGAUUGCUCUGAGAAUGUCUUAGGUGUGGGCACUGAACACUUCUUUCUGCAUUCUCACAGCUUCAGGAAUGUUGAUUGUUUUUAUCACCAGCGUCUGUUAUAGAUGCAGUCUACUUGAAAGCAAAACUGAUUGUUGCUUAUAUAUUGUGUAACAACCUCUGCCUAGUUGCUUUAACUACUGAAGGGGUUGGGUGGAUCAGAUUUUUAUCUGCAGCGUACAUUUGCUACAACACAUUCUAUCCUUUUUAGCAAGAUGACAUCCUUAUGAGACUAAUACUACAAGAUCAUGAAUGUUACUGGGCUAGUGGUGAACACUUGGGGAAAACGCCCCCCGCACCCCAAUUUCAUUUAGCUCAUUUAUGAACUAUGCUCUUUAAAAAGUGAUAACAGUUGAGGAGCCAAGAGUGAGGGGAGGAACAGGCCUUUGAAUCGCCUUGUUGCCAUUAUGAAUUCAGGAGGAUGUCUUUCUUUCACUAUGAAUGUACUGAAGACCUCUGCUGUUUAUAACCACAAAAUGGCAUGUGUUUUAAACUGCCUCCUCCAACCGCAGAAUAUUGUGCCUCAGUGAUUCAUCUGUGUCUCUGUUUGGGCUGAAUUCCCAAGUGGUUGCUUGCGUAAAUGGAUUGCACUUUGCAUUAUUUAUUUUUGAUGGUUUCUAAUGUAUUUAUAAAAUGGGAGCAGUUCAGUUGCAUGUAGUUUGCACUUUUUGUUCAAUUUUUGUUUAACUUUUUGGUUUAUUUGAGCUGUGGACAGAAAGAGGGUUUGCAAAUGCAGGGGUUUUUCCUGCUCUGGUUUUGUGGUAGUCCAACUGUCUGAUCUUUUUAAUCUUCAAUUCCCCAUAUUAUUUUGUCCUUUCCCAUUCUGAAAGGCCCAUAAUAAGUCUGGCAGUCACAUUGUUGGUUCCUGCUUCUGAAGGACCCUAUGGAAAGCAACACAUCAUUAGUUCAUUUUAAAAAUUCCUCUUAAACUUCCCCAAAAGGAUGGCUAAAGUUUGAAAAUAACUGUGGCAAGGCCUUUUUUUAAAGGCAGAUCAUGAGGGCAAAAUGUUUUCAUAGUGCCCUGAGAGCUGAAGGAAUUUUGCUAUACUUUUUCCAUUAAAAUUUCUUCCUAAAA